CAGACAGUGCCACGUGCCAUAAAAAAUUCUCUCCCGCGUCGCAAAUCUAUCCGUUAACCCUAAUCUCUCUCUCUCUGGGGGUCUCUGCAACUCUCUCUACCAUUGAAGGAGAGAAAGAUUCAAGAAAAGAACGGAUUUUUAUUUUUUAAUUUUUAAGUUUUGUUUUCUUGAUUCUUGAUAUAAAAGAGGACAGGUCAAAUGGGGAAACUUCUAUGCGAUUCAACGGCCGUCGCCGAAACAACAUUUCAACCCUCGUCGCCGGCCCUCCAUUGGAGAGACCCUAAUGGGGUUUCUCACGAAGGGGUUGAUCUCGUAGACCAGAGUGUAAUGACGACGACCACCACCACGUGGGAGGACGUGAUUGGCCUGGAGGAACAGCAGAGGCGCCAUUUACAGAAACUUCAAACCAAAGGCGUGCUUUGGAAGCAUCCCGGGGAUGGUAAUAAAGACUCUACGCUGCCUUCUUCGCUGCUGAGAUCGGUGGUUUUCAGGCUUUCUCAUGGGGGAGAGGUGUUGCCAGACGGGAACUGCCUAUUCACCGCGUCGCAGAGGGCAAUGAUGGCGCGUGAGAUGGACGCGCGGGAGCUGAGGAGGCGGACGGUGCGGCGGUUCUCGGAGGACUUCGGAUCUGCGAGUGAUGAAGAGAAAGAAGUGAUAAAUGAUGCUAUUAAGCACAUGUACUCGCCGGAUCUGAAGAGCGGAUGGGGGAUUCAUGUGGUCCAAGAAGUCAAGCUCUUGGCCAAGAAGGAGGAUCGCGUCAAUUUGGAUUCCGCCAUCGAUGAGCUCCUGAAGCUGGGGAUGCAAAGAGAAAUGGCUGCCGAAUCUAUAUACAAAGAGAGAUGUCUUCCAGUGAAUGAUGGCCCCAGUUGGGCCAAAUACAUGUCAAUCUCUGGUUCAACCGAUGAUGACUAUGAUAUCAUCACUUUGCAAUAUACUGAGGAGGGUUUGUUAUCUGUAGAUGAGAAUAGAGAAGGUCAUGCUGCGGCUUUUGGAGAUGAUAUAGCAAUUGAAUGCCUUGCAAAUGAGUUCAAGCGAGAGAUUUAUGUGGUGCAAGCACAUGGAUCUGAUGCCAUGGUUGAUGAAGAGAAUUGUGUUUUCUUCCUCCCACACCGUCCAAGGAGUGAAAUUUGUGAACUUCCUUUCUUUCUAUUUAUGAAAGGAACAGGGUGGUGUGGUGCUGGAGCUGAUCACUAUGAGCCAUUGAUUGCGCAUCCUUCUUCUCUUGUUUCCAACGAGAAGGUUGCUCUAGUACUUUGACUAUAGUCCUGUAGUUUUGUGGCUUAGAAGUUGAAUAGAAGUAGUCUCAUUCUUUCCCUCCGCACAUUAUUUGAUAUCCAAUGCUGUUAGCCUGAUUGAUGAUUCUCUUGUGGAUCAGGAGGAUAAGUCGAUGUUUUUUUUGUUGAGAGCAUUAGAAUCGAUCUCUUGCCGGCUUCUGUUUACUGUGCUUGAGUUUUGUGAGGUUGAUUUGAGUCGUCUAGGGUACUACUCUGUCCAGGCUGGAAUUGUACCAUUCAUUUGUAUCUUGAGCUGGAUUAAUAUAUAUAUUCAAUGAUAGAUUCUGGAAAUGAAUUUUCCCUA